GAAUGCCUUUCUUGUAAUGUCAGCGAAAAAUGUUUGUUUAAUAACGCGAUAUUCAGUCCAAACGGUCGCUAUUAUAUAUCCGAGUGUCUGGGACCGGAUAUUCCGACAACAUAUCUGCUAACAGUUGAUGACAACAAAUUCAUCGAAACGCUGGAUAUAAACGAAGAAUUGAGAAAAACAUUUGCGAAGACAUCGUUGCCUAAAAUCAAAUACUUGACAAUCCGUAGCGAUAAGGGAUCCGAUAUAAGGAUUGAACUCAUUUUACCACAACUUCUCAUCGAAGACGAAGAUACCAAAUAUCCAGCUGUUAUUGAACUCAAUAACCGUCCGGACGUCCAAUCGGUAAAUUACGAGCACCGACUCGAUUGGUCGAGAUAUUUGACGAGCAAAAAGGAUUACAUAACCAUUCAUAUCGACGUGAAGGGCACUGGAUAUCAGGGGAAUCGACAUAUGUUUGCAGUGAUCGGCGAAUUGGGCAAAGAGGAGGUCCAAGACUUGAAAUACGCGAUCACUUAUCUGAAAAAAUCGCUGCCGUAUAUCGAUAAGGACAAGAUCGUGGUCUGGGGCCGCGAUUACGGGGGCUUUUUAACAGUAUCCCUAUUGGCCACCGAAGAGAUCGUCACGUGUGCCAUCGCUGUCACCCCAAUCGCCAAUUGGAAAAAUUACAUGUCUGUAUUCUCCGAGCGCUAUAUCGGUCAGCCUUACUCUAACUUUGACAUCAAUUACCAAAACUCCCGAUUGACACAAAUAAUUGAACAACAUUUCAAAAACUUAAAGGCGAAGACAUUUCUGUUAGUUCACGGGACGAGUGAUAAACGCGUUAAUAUCGAUCAUUCAAUGAAUCUCAUGAAGACAUUAACAGACAAAUCGGUUCAGUUUAAAGUACAGUUAUAUCCGGACAGCGGUGUGAUUGAAUCGUGGGAUCAAUCGGUUCGGAAACACUUCUACCUAACAAUGGAGGACUUCUUUGCCAAAUGUUUUCAAGUGGAAGACGAGGAAGAGAUUGAUUUGUUGAAGAACUUGACGCCAUGGAAGAAAGGGGUUCGCAAACCCAAACUGUGAACGAGAUUACUGACCACAACUCCCUGUCCUUUACGACCAAUACUAAUGUGAAAUCAAUGUAUAAAUGAAUGUAUGAAUGAAAGGAUUCACUCUUUAUUUAAGCCCACAAUUCAGUCAUCACUUCUCAUCGUUAGUGAAGGCAUGAAUGAGACGUUUGUUUUGCAACAAAAUAUAAGACU